CCCAAAGUGAGAAAAGGGGGAAUGAUUCAAAAAUUUAGAAUCCCUAAAUCUGCAGGUGUCAGGGUGUUCCCAAAGCGAGAAGUGGGGGAACAGUUACUUGAAAAAGUCCCUACUCCUGCAGGUUUUAGGGUGUUCCCAAAGCGAGAAAUGGGGGAGCAAUUCAGAAACUUGGAAUCCCUAAAUCUGCAGCUGUGGGGAUGUUCCCAAAGUGAGAAAUGGGGGAACAGUGGGAAAAAGACAGAAGAGUCCCCAGUCCCACAGCUGUCAGGGUGUUCCCAAAGUGGGAAAUUGGGGAACACUUCCUUGAAAGGGUCUCCUUGUCCCACAGCUGUGGGGUGUUCCCAAAGCGAGAAAUGGGGGAACAAUGGGAAGAACUCUGAAGAGUCCCCAAUCCCACAGCUGUUGGAAUGUUCCCAAAAUGACAAAUGGGGGAACAGUGGGAAAAAUGCAGAAGAGUCCCUGAUCCCACAGCUUUUAGGUUGUUCCCAAAGUGAGAAAUGGGGGAACAGUGGGAAGACACAGAAGAGUCCCCAGUCCCACAGCUGGCAGGGUGUUCCCAAAGCGAGAAAUGGGGGAACAUUUGAAAAAUCCCUAAACCUACAGCUGUGGGGAUGUUCCCAAAGCGAGAAAUGGGGGAACAGUGGGAAAAACGUGGAAGAGUCCCCAUCCCACAGCUGUCAGGAUGUUCCCAAAGCGAGAAAUGGGGGAACAGUUCAAAAACUUAGGAUCCCUAAAUCUGCAGCUGUGGGGAUGUUCCCAAAGCGAGAAAUGGGAGAACAGUGGGAAAAACUCAGAAGAGUCCCCAGUCCCACAGCUGGUAGGAUGUUCCCAAAGCGAGAAAUGGGGGAACAAUUCAAAAACUUGGAAUCCCUAAACCUACAGCUGUCGGGAUGUUCCCAAAGUGAGAAAUGGGGGAACACUCACUCAGAAAAGCCCCCAGUCCCACAGCUGUGGGGUGUUCCCAAAGUGAGAAGUGAAGGAACACUCCAGCCCUGCACAGCCCUCGGAGGUCUCACCCUCUGCACAGUUUGAUCUGCACUCGAAAUUCCGACUUUUCUAAAGGAAAGGUUUUUAUACAUUUCGGGGGGGGGGGGGGGGGAAAUCGGUGGAGAAAUCCUAAUUUCUUCCCAGUGCUCUUUUUGGGGUUCCAGGAAAUAUUCCAUGGUUGGGCUGCUUCCACACCUUGCUGUUGCUUAUUCCGGUCCUUAUAUAAGCGAGGCGAGGGAAGAGGGAGAUCCUUUAGCUGAAGGAUUCCUUUUCAUGGAAAACACUGAUUUCCAAAGGUAAAAAAUAGAAAAGGAUGGACUUGAAACAGGGAGGAAGUUUUUCGUGGGGCUUCCAGAAGGAUUUGAUAUAAAUCAAGUUUUAUGGUUCCUAAAUGCUACAACAGGAAUGUUGGCGGCUUGUCCUAACUUAGCUCAGUUUAAUUUUAAGUCAGGCCCUCGUAAAUCACUGACUGAAGGUUUAUAAAGUACCUCAGCAGCUACUUACAGGUAUUAAUUACAGGUAUUAAUUAGUGGAGCUUAUUGGAAUGAGCAGAUGGUGUGGUCAGAAUUUAGGUGGGAAGAGCCCAGGAAGGGUUUUUUAUUUUCAUAGUCCUGCCCCUGAGGGACAGUUCAGUCUUUUAAUACAACUGUAACUUUUAUUUUGUUGGUCAGAUCUGUGUAAAACAGUGAGAAAUGGAACGAAGAGUCUCUUGAAGUAUUUAAAAUACUUACAAAGUGUCUGCACAGUCUCGUUCCGUGGCAGGAAAAUGAGAUUUAACCAUCCAACCUAAGGCUGAUUCCAAUUUAUGCCUCUCUGAUUUUUUUGCCUUUGGAAUAAUAUGAGAUGGCUGAAAUUUCAAUAACCUGAAACGUCCUUCAGGUGGUUUCAGCCCUUUUAGGUGGUUUCACCCUGGAAUUCCAGGUGCUGCAGGCUGGGAUGGAGACAUUGCUAAGGUUUCAUUCCCAGUUUUCCCUCCCUAGAUUUAAAAAGCCGAAUUUAGGACUUUAUUGUUUUUAAGUUUUUUUUGCACACCACGAGACUUUAUAUAAACUCCUUGUGUCCUGUUAGAGGCCAGUAAGAGCCAGCAAUUAGUUUGUGUUUUAGGCUUCCCAGGAUAUUCCCUGGAUCCCAGGGGUGGAGCAUCCUGAGAAGGCUCGUGAGUUUAUCUAUGCAUGGCUAAACUUUAUAGUCUUAAUAUCCUGUAGUGCCUGUAGAGCAGAGGUAGCAAAGCAGUGGAUUUGGGGGAGGGGGGAGGGGAGGGCUGGCAGGUGUUCACAGCUAAAACAGAUGGAAUUAUGGAUUCCAGAAUUCCUGGAGUCAUCCAAUCCUGGCUGCAAUAAAAAGGGGGCGUUAGGGAAUCGAAAUCAAAUUCAGAGUUGUGUCGCCGAUAAAACUCAUCGACCUGCUCCUUUCCAGCCCCGGUUGUCUCAUCUGCAAAGCCAUAUUUCUAGAGUUAGUGGGAUGACUGUGUAAUGUCAGAAGAAAUUCCAGAGGUUGGGACUUUGUGGUGGAGGCUUUGUCUCGACUCCUGAGUAAAAAAAAGAGUAGAUUUAAGUGCAAUUGUUUGAAAAAUAGAUGAAGAUGCUGUAGCUGCUGGGGCUCUGCUGAACUCUUUUUAAGAACUCCAAUUUGUGCAAGCUCUCAAAUCCAUGCUGAUGGGGCUGAUCCAAGCUGGGAUUCCGAAGCCCUGUGAACAAAAAACAAAGAAGAAAAGGAAAUAAAUAUCGAAAAUUGGGUGGUUUUACUGUGCAAAUUGAGCUGUUCCUUAAAAACUGGAGCAGGAGAGCUCAGAAUAAAGGCCUAGUAUCCUUCUCUGCUGUGCUGCAUGUUCAUGGUCAUAGCUGUGUAUUUACAAAAAAAAAAAAGACCUUUCACCAGACUGGGAAAUAGCUCAAUUCAUGUAUUUUUGGUAUUGAAAGAAAUUACCUCAAUUUUUACUUUUUAUUUUUUUUUUUUGAACUGUGACUUUUCAACCAGAAUUUAAAACAAAACAAACAAACAAACAAAAAUACUGAAAUAGUGAAACUGUGACAGUUGGUAUCCUUGAAAAACGUUGUAGUGCCUUGGAGUGACACCAUUUAUUCCCCAAAUAAAUGAGUGUCGGGGGGGGGGGUUGAAUCCCCCCCCCCAUUUUUCUUUUUUUAAAGGAAAAACAGUUUUGGUGAAAGGACUUAACAAAUUUAACCUAGUGACAGAUAUAUAGCACAACUGGUUAAACUGUUGAAAAGAAAACUCUUUGAGGACUAAAAAUGUGUCAAUGCCUGAUGCUGCUGAUAUUUAAGAGCGGCUGCUGAUUGUUGGGGGGUUAUUUCUGAACAAUCAGCAGAGCUUUUGGUUUUUUUUUUUAUAGAAAAGUGUAACUUUUGUACUCUGGUCAGAGCUGUUUGUACUGUAUCAACCCCCAUCCAAGGGGGAAUCUGAUUCCUCCCUCUCUGGAAGUCGAGGUGAGGAUGGAGCGACUCCCAAGGAUCUAAUUUUUGAAUAUUUUUAGCUACUGUACGACUUCAAAAAAAAAAGAACAACAACAAAAAAAAGCACCAUUUGAACCCACCAAUGUUUGGAUGCAGCAAAAGUGCCAUUACACUUCCUUUCUCUUUUAACGUGUCGGGAAAAUUUGUGUCCAGGCAUUUUUUUUGUGAUCCUUGGG